CAUGCCAAACACUUUUGGUGUAUUUCAGAGUCAGUAGAAAGGCCUCUUUGGUGUCCUAAGUUUUCAUAACUAUGACAUUAAUUGCAUAUAGUCUAUAAACUGUUGGUGUCUUAACAACCGUUCCACAGGUGCAUGUUCAUUAAUUGUUUAUGUUUCAUUGAACAAGCAUGGGAAACAGUGUUUAAACCCUUUACAAUGAAGAUCUGUGAAGUUAUUUGGAUUUUUACAAAUUAUCUUUGAAAGACAGGGUCCUGAAAAAGGGACGUUUCAGACAUGCAACACAUCACACAUAUUACAUACAUAGUGAAAUAAACUUACAGACCAACAGUAUUCACAUAGACAACCAUAUAGCACAAUAUAACACAAUACAAUAUGAGCCUGGUUCAUGUAUCAGGUGGAGUUAAUCACCAGCUAUAGAGUGAGUUGUUGUUUAUGUUUCUAAGACUGCAGGGUGGGAGAUGCAACAAUGGCCUUGAGAACAGCAGGAAGUGUGUUGGUGGUCUUUCUCUGGUCUGUAGCAGUUGUACUGGGUCAGGAUGGCUGGAGUGUGAAAUACACCACUCAGAGUAUCUGUGUCUUGAAGGGGUCAACAGUGGAGCUGACCUGCUCUUACACAUAUCCCAGUGGUUAUACAGUCACAACAACCUUCUGGUUCACUAAGUAUAAUGCUGUGGGUCCUGUAAGUCUGAGUGAUGACCCAGACUACAAAGGACGUGUGACGUACCGUAAGGAUAAAGAGAAUGAACACACCCUGACAAUCACAGACCUGAGAGAGAGUGACUCAGCUACGUACAAAUUCAGAUUUACAGAUCAGACUGGGAAAUGGAGAUAUACUGGCGAACCUGGAGUCACUCUGUCUGUCACAGAGUCAGGUCUUCAGGUGAAGGUGACUGGUGGACAUCAGGAUAAGACACUGACCUGUAGCACCACCUGUACUCUGACUGACAACCCCACCUACAUCUGGUACAAGAACGGACAACAUUUGGAUGAGAGCACCUCCCCCCAGUACAAAGACCCAGUCUCCAGUAACUAUGAAGACAGUUACUCCUGUGCUGUAAAAGGCCAUGAGGACCUCCACUCUCCUGCAGUGUGUGUCCAGGGUCAGGACUGCAACAUAGUGACUUACACCAAGAGGACAAUCUGUGCCUUGAAAGGGUCAACAGUGGACAUAUCUUGUACUUAUGGCAGUGGUUAUGAUACUGUCACAUCAUCACUCUGGUUUAGUUCUAAACAGAAAUCUAGGUGGAGGGAUAAGUUGAUGCCUGAGGACCUAACCACAGACCCAGGGUAUGCAGGUCGUGUGGAGUAUGUUGGAGAGAAGGAGAGAGGUCGCUCCACCCUGAGAAUCACAGAUCUGAGAAUCACAGAUCUGAGAGAGGAGGACUCUGCUGAGUACAAGUUCAUAUUCAACACACAGACAUCAAGAUGGGGACACAGUUUCCCUGGAACAACUCUGACUGUCACAGACCUGCAGGUGAAGGUGACUCCUGCCACAGAGGCAGGGAAGAGGACACUGACCUGUAUCACCACCUGUACUCUGACUGACAACCCCACCUACAUCUGGUACAAGAACGGACACAAAGUAAAGGAGGACACUUCCAGACUGGACUCCGACUCCUUUAGUGAUGCAGACAGCUACUCCUGUGCUGUAAAAGGCUAUGAGAAUAUCUUCUCUCCUGCAGUGUGUCAGAAGUGUUGGAGUGUGACUUACACCCAUCAGAGUAUCUGUGCCUUGAAGGGGACAACAGUGGACAUAUCCUGCUCUUAUACAUAUCCUAGUUACCAUGAGAUCAAAAAAGCUUUCUGGUUUACUAAAUGGUCUGGUAGGGAUCCUGAAGAUCUGAGCUCAGUGCCAGGGUAUGAGGGUCAUAUAGAGUACCUUGGGGAUAAGGAGAGUGACUGUACCCUGAGAAUCACAGACCUGAGAUUGAGUGACUCUGCUGGGUACAGGUUCAGAUUAAUAACAUCUGGAGAAAUGGUUGCUGGCUCACCUGUCUCCCUGACUGUCUCAGAUGUUGUGUUGGAGAUGGAUCCUACAUCUGUGUCAGAGAGGGAGAAUGUCACACUGAGAUGUAGAACCAAAUGUACACUGGUCUCCAACACAGCCUACAGUUGGUAUAAGAAUAGACAGCCUAUACCAAACAGCAACACCUCCUCUCCUGUCUAUAUCCUAUUCUCAGUCAGCAGUGAGGAUACAGGCAGAUACUCCUGUGCUGUAGAAGGACAUGAGGAUCUCCCCUCUGCUGAAGAGACUCUCACUGUCAGAUACGGCCCAAAGAACACCUCAGUGUCACUCAGUCCCUCUGGUGAAAUAGUGGAGGGCAGUUCAGUGACUCUGACCUGCAGCAGUGAUGCCAACCCACCUGUGGACAUAUACACCUGGUACAAGAAGAAUGGAGGUGGCUAUCAGAGUAUGACAGGACCACAGCAUGUCUUCAAACAAAUCCAGUCAUCUGACAGUGGAGAGUACUACUGUGAGGCCCAGAAUGAGAUGGGGACAGACAUGUCUAGGACCAUUAACAUGGAUGUGAAGUAUACUCCAAAGAACACCUCAGUGUCAGUCAGUCCCUCUCGUGAAAUAGUGGAGGGCAGUUCAGUGACUCUGACCUGCAGCAGUGAUGCCAACCCACCUGUGGACAAAUACACCUGGUACCAGAAGAACGUAACCUCACCAAAAGCAUCAGGACAGAGUUACAGCAUCACUAACAUCAUCUCUGAGGACAGAGGAGAAUAUUACUGUGAGGCUGAGAAUAAAUAUGGACGUCUCAACUCUUCUUCUGUGUCUGUGGACGUUCAGUAUGGACCAAAGAACACCUCAGUGUCAGUCAGUCCCUCUGGUGAAAUAGUGGAGGGCAGUUCAGUGACUCUGACCUGCAGCAGUGAUGCCAACCCACCUGUGGACAAAUACACCUGGUACAAGAAGAACGCAACCUCACCAAAAGCAUCAGGACAGAGUUACAGCAUCACUAACAUCAGCUCUGAGGACAGAGGAGAAUAUUACUGUGAGGCCCAGAAUGGAAGAGGAUCUAUGAACUCUACAGCUCUGAUGAUCAUUAUAGCAGGGAAACAGACCUCAGUUGUGACUGCAGCUGUAGGAAUCAUAGUGGUUGUUCUGGUUCUCAUCCUCUGUUUCUCUGGAUUCAUGUGGUUCAGGAGAUCCACAGGAGGAAGUGAUGCCACAGCAGACACACAGAGUGUCCGUCCUGACUGUAACAGUGACACGUACACAGGUCUGAACAUGAGGACCAUGUCCCCUGACUACGACACUCUGAUAAGUGUCCAUCCUGACCCUAACAGUGAUACGUACACACCUCUGAACAUGAAGACCAGGUCACCAGAGUAUGACACCCUGGCAAAUGUGAGGGGAAUCUCCCACUGAAGAGUAUCACCACAGAACCUGGACUAAAGAGAAGCACCACAGAACCUGGACGGAAGAGAAGCACCAUAGAUCCUGGACUUAAGAGAAGCACCACAGAACCUGAACUGAAGAGAAGCACCACAGAACCUGGACGGAAGAGAAGCACCACAGAACCUGGACUGAAGAGAAGCACCACAGAACCUGGACGGAAGAGAAGCACCACAGAACCUGGACUGAAGAGAAGCACCAUAGAUCCUGGACUGAAGAGAACCACCACACAACCUGGACUGAAUGUUCCAAUACAAAACGAGGCCUUACACCUCUAUCCUAUUGCUGCCAUAUCUAGACGUUUUUACACACCAUGAACUUUUCAGUAAAUACUGGAAUAUAUAUUUUGGAAUGGAAUAUAUUGAUGAUAAAUGAGAUGGGUUAUAUUUUUUUUUAUGUAAAUAGCCACAUUUUCUUGUGUACCAAUCUGUUUACUAUCUUUAGUUUUAUUUCUGAUCUUUUUCUAUGGGGUUUUGCCAUAUACAGAUGUUUUAUAACAUCAAUAGUCCUACUUUCCUCAGCAACUAAUAUAGAUAAUACUGAUAACAGCUUUUAAUAUAUUUAGCUCUUGGGCCAAGUUUCCCCUGAAGUGUUUAAUGGUGAUUUACUUUGUAUUGCUGUCAGAUAUCAUUACUAAUUGUAUAUUACGUAAUACCAUAUUGAUCCGUGUCAUUAUAUAUUUUUUAUUUAAAAAUAAAUGUAAUCAGUCCGUUAUUAUAAUUUCCAACAUUUUGGUAGGCUAUUUGUUAGUCAACUUGUCUAUCACUUCUAAAUACAUGCAGUGGCGACACGUCAUUCAAGGCAGCUGAGGAAGAGCUAAAUCUGUUUUCAGCCCCAUGGUUAGCUUUUUUUAAACUUGUUUUGCAUAUUUUGAAAUUAAUACGUGACACAUAUCAGUUUGCAAAUAAAGUUAAUGAAUAAAUAAAGCAUUGAGUUAAUAAAGUCGCAUAGAAA